CCCUCCUCCCCCACCUCACCUUCCCCAACCUUCCUUUUGCCCCCCUUUGAAUUACGAUACGACGUCUUCUCCUCCGUGAACACGACAACAACAACAACGCAUCCACCGAUCUGCUCCUCCCACAACGUAUUCUCUCUUGCAUUCUUUUCAAUUUUCCUUUUUGCUUGGUGCAUUUCUUUCUUUUCAAUUUCCGGUGGAGCUACUGUUUCGAUCUUGUCCCGUUAACCAUUCAUGAAAACAUUUGGCAGGUCAUAAAUACGACUACUACUGUUUUAAGUAAGAUGUCAUCCCCAAGCAAGAGGAGAGAUAUGGAUGUCAUGAAAUUGAUGAUGAGUGAUUAUAUUGUUGAGCCCAUAAAUGACGGAAUCAAUGAAUUCAAUGUAGAGUUCCAUGGUCCAAAAGAAAGCCUUUAUGAAGGUGGUGUCUGGAAAAUCCGGGUGGAGCUGCCAGAUGCUUAUCCUUACAAAUCCCCUUCCAUAGGGUUCCUUAACAAAAUAUUCCACCCAAAUGUUGAUGAAUUAUCAGGUUCGGUGUGCUUGGAUGUGAUUAACCAGACGUGGAGCCCUAUGUUUGAUCUGCUCAACAUUUUUGAGGUAUUUCUUCCGCAGCUUUUGCUAUACCCAAAUCCUUCAGACCCCUUGAAUGGUGAUGCAGCAUCUUUGAUGAUGAAUGAUCAAAAGCAGUACGAACAGAAAGUGAAAGAGUACUGUGAGCGUUAUGCAAAGAAGGAGAGUAUAAGUGGAAGGGAGACUGAGGAGGAGGAGGAGGAGGAGGAGGAGAUCAGUGAUGAUGACAUUAGUGAUGGAGGAGGAAGUGCAUCCUCUAAUGACAAUGAUGAUGUGGUUGGAAAUUCAGAUCCAUGAUCAUCAUGGUUUGUUUGUUUGUUUGUUUAAAUUAUUCCUUUAUAUAUAUAUUUAUAUAAUAUAUAUAUAUAUAUAUUAUGUAACGUUGCUUGUACAAUUAAUUGCUCAUUUUGAUU